AUGGUAAUUAGAAAUAUAUUGAGAUUUAUUAGGUUAUUUUUUACCUUUAGAAAGAUAGCUGAUUAUAAAAAGAAGUAAUAAAUACUUAAGGUCACUGAUAAGUCUCCUGUCGAAAAAAUAAUUUAAAUAUUUAAUAAUUUAUUAAACUCUAUUUAAAAUGAAAAAUAUAAUCAAAAAUUAAAAUGGGCCAUCGAAAUUGUGACCACACAUAAACUCUAUGAACCUUAAUUAGAAGAAAAUUAAAAAGAAGUAUAUAAAUAAAUAUAUAUAAAAAAAUAUAAUAUACAUAUAUAAAUAUUAUAUAUAUAUAUAUAUAUAUAAAAUAAAAUAAAAUAAAAUAAUAAUAUAUAAUUUUUAAUAAAAAAGAUUAAAUAAUUGAUGGAAUAAUUCUAAAUAAACAUUAAAAAAGAAUCAAAAACAAUAUAUGCUCUAUAAAAGCCUGAAUAAUAGAAAAAUAUUACAUAUUUAUUUAUUUAUUUAUUUAAUAUUAAUAAUAUAUAUGCAUAUAUGAAAGUUACUCCCUAAUAAAUUUUCGAAUUUGCAAAUUAGGUUAUAAGUUAAUAUCUCGAUAAUCCAUAUCAUAAUAAAAUACAUUGUUUUGAUGUUACAUAAACAAUUCAUUUUUUUAUUACUAGAUGUGAAUUUAUUUCAUUAGCAGAUUUAAAUCCUUUAGAAAUCGGAACUAUGUAUAUUUCUUCUGCAAUCCAUGAUUUAUAACAUCCUGGAUUUACCAAUUUAUAUUAAAUAAAUACACGCUCAAACCUAGCAAUCUUAUAUAAUGAUUAAAGUCCUUUAGAAAAUCAUCAUUUAAGUACAGCUUUUAAACUUCUUUUUAACAAAAAUGAAAAUAAUAUAUUUUCAUAAUUAAGUAUUAGUUAAUAUAAAGACACAAGAUAAAUUAUUAUAAGUAUGAUCUUAUCAACUGAUAUGACUUAUCAUUUUUAGGAUUUUAAUAAACUAAAAGUACGUUUAGCAUCAAAUGAAUUUAAUUGUAGAACUAAAGAUAAGUAAUUGUGUAUGAAUUCUUUAUUACAUGCAGCUGAUAUAAGUAAUCCUUUUAAACCGUUUCAUAUAUAUUAAUAAUGGACAGUUAAAGUACUUGAGGAAUUUUGGAGAUAAGUUAUUUUUAAAUAUAUAUAAAGUAAUAUUUUAUUUUUUUAUAUAUGCAAGGGUGAUAAAGAAAGGGAAUUAGGACUUCCAAUAAGUUAUUUAUGUGAUAGGUUUACAACAAAUAUGGCUAAAAGUUAAGUUGGCUUUAUUGAUUUUAUUGUAAAACCAUAUUAUGAGUUAAUAAGUUAGUUUUUAAUUGAAUUAAACCAUUAUUUACCUAUAUUGGAUUAGAAUAAAGUACAAUGGUAAGCCUAUGAAGAUUAUUAUACUAAAUAACUAGAAAAUUAAAUGAAGAGAAAAUCAUCAAAUUAAGAAAAGAAAAUUAGUUUUUGA